ACGGUACCUCUCAAAAGUCAAACGAAUAAACACGUGCAUAGAGCCAGGCCCAAAACCUGCUGACAGAAAGGCUCGGGGAAGAAAAGGCAGUGAUUAGUGUCCGGCAAAAUCGCGUGAAAAUUUACAAUUUUCACACAAUGGAUUACUUUAAAAGUGUCCCACAUCUGAAAUCAAAGCUGUGGCUACUGCUGCUGGUUGCAAUUUUGCACUCUACCUGCGGAUUGUACGAGGAUCAGAUCGGAAAAUUUGACUGGCGACAACACUAUGUGGGGAAGGUAAAGUUCGGCGGAUUUGAUUUCAGCUCGCUAGAUCGUAUCAUUGUAGCGACGGAGAGUAACGCACUGGCGGCGAUCAGUGCCAAGAGUGGAGAAAUUUUAUGGCGUCAAGUGCUGGAGAAGAGUCCCCGAGGGGACAUCAAACUACUGUACGUUCCGAACCAGGGAAACGGAGUUCAAUUCAGUGGAGGCCGUAGUAAUCGUGCGUUCGAUGUUAUUACCGUAACGGGAGCUAGCCCUGCGCUGAUUCGUGGCUGGAAUCCAAACACCGGCAGCCUGGAAUGGGAAUGGUCACUGUUGCCCGCCUCGCCGGAAAGGGCCGAAAAUGCGCUCUGGUUCGUCAGAGACGGCAAUUUGUAUCACGUUGUUCCGGUGUGGGGAUCCCAUAUCGAACUGACGGAAUAUUUUGUAGCGUCCGGACAACAGACCAAGCCCAGCACAUCGAGAAUUUCUGCAGCCUGGAUCAAAGACGAAAAGUGCACAUUAGCUGAAAGCUUCUUUGUCUGUGCUAUCGAUCAGCAGAUUUUAGCUGUUGAUUUGUUAGCAGAAAAUCCCCAGAUUAUAGCCAAACCGCUGGAAACGGUGGCCUCAGGAUCUCCCAAUGCAGUGGUUGGGGAAGCUGCUGUAGUCCAAGACGGUCGGAUGUAUUCACUAACUUCAGACUACAAAAUAGCCAUAGGAGCGGAAGGAUCCGUUCUAGUUGAUGAAAAUAUUCUGGAAGGCGAAAAAAUUCUUUUAUACACCAGCGUGGACAGAGAACGGAAUAGUCUUAAAUUGACUGCUAACAAGCUGUCCGAUCUCAGUAAUUUCGGGGCGAUUGAGUUCCAGGCGGAUUACGCGGAAACUUUCGGUACACCGUGUUUACUUGCGGUGCGGUGCAAGGUUACGACUGGAAGCCAAGGAACUUUUGCUUGCCGGGUGUUGAUUUCCAGCCAAGAUGGCGCUUUGACCCUGAUCCAGCAAGGCAAAAUCAAAUGGACCCGAGAAGAAGCACUGGCCGAUGUGGAGACGGCGGACUUUUUGGAUCUGACGCUGUCCGAUGCCGAAGGAGCCAUCGAGGAGGAACUGAACAACAAGAACGAGGAUAGUGAUUUGGAAUGGGACGUUUUCGGAGCUCUGCAACGCCGCAUAACCAGCCAAAUAAGCCACGUGAAGAAUCUGGUACUGCACGUGCUCGGUCUUGGGCCGGCACCCUCCAAAGCCCAGAAGGCUGGUUUGGUUCGUGACGAUUUUGGUCUACAUAAGAUGCUCGUCGUCGUAACCAGCAGUGGAAAAGUUUUUGGCAUUGAUAACAACAGUGGCAAGCAACACUGGAUUCGGUACCUGCCGGAAAUGAUUGGUUUCGCAAAUGGUCAGAGUAUAAAGCUGUUGGUGCAAAGAACGUCUCGCUUUUAUCCCCUGAGUGCUCAAUGCUUGAUUCUCGGAAGACAUCGCGAUACCAAAAACGGUCUGAUAUAUCAGUUCAAUCCGAUAACGGGGCAGCCUGUUAAUGGCGGAGUCGUUCAGUUGCCAUAUAAAAUUCUGCAGGCUUCAUUGCUGCAUGAAACCGGACCGGAUUUUCUAAGAGGCGUCCUACUCCUAGACGAGAACAACGAAGCGCACGUUCUACCAGAAAGUUUGGCCAAGUAUGCUAACAACUUCUAUAUGUUCAGCGCUGAUCGCGAAACAGCUACCGUAAAAGGUUACCUGGUUGAGUAUCGAAAUGGAAAACUGAGCACCGUUCCGACGUGGACCGUAAAUCUGAGUGGCGCUGGAAAGACCCAGCAGAUUGUUGCUAUCGAAGGAAAGAACCCAAUCGAACAUGUCCACUCGCAGGGUCGCGUCUUGGCCGAUCGAUCGGUUCUCUACAAGUACAUUAAUCCCAACUUGGUAGCCGUGGCCACUCACGGACCGGAUAACAUUCAUAAGUACAUUCUGAACGUGUAUCUGCUUGACGUCGUUUCCGGCUCGAUCGUAUUCUCAAUGUCUCACAAGAGAAUCCGGCCGCCGUUGCAAAUGGUACACUCGGAAAAUUGGCUAGUAUAUUCGUAUUACAAUGACAAAGUGCGACGAACGGAAGUCACAUCGGUCGAGCUUUACGAGGGUAAAACACAAACCAACAGCACCGUAUGGAGUUCGCUAGAUGCUCCUCCGAUGCCAUUAGUUGAACGUCAAUCGUACGUUUUACCCGUGGCGGUGGCCACCAUGCAGGAAACCAUCACCGAAAAGGGAAUAACCAACAAACACAUUUUGUUCGGCCUUACCACCGGAGCCGUGGUAGAAAUGUCCUGGGCAUUGUUGGACCCUCGGCGCCCGGUCACCUCGCCGGAGAAAGCGCGCGAAGAAGGUAUCAUUCCGUACAUGCCCGAACUGCCCAUGCCGCACGAGAUCAUCAUCAACUACAACCAGACAAUCGCGAACAUCAAGGGCAUCCACACGGCACCGUCCGGAUUGGAAAGUACCUGUCUGGUGUUCGUUCACGGAUUGGACAUUUUUGUUACCCGUGUGGCACCGUCGAAAACGUUCGAUUUGCUCAAGGAAGAUUUCGAUUACUUCCUGAUCACGGUUGUUCUGAUCCUGUUGACCAGUACGUCUUACGUGGUGAAAAUCUUCGCCUCCAAAAAGGUUAUUAAGCAGGCGUGGAAGUAGAUCCGUCUGUGCAAGUGACGAAUUCUUGCAUUUCUAAAACGUUCUUACUAUUGAACCCAUUAUUGUCGAUAAACAGCAUUUCCACUGUUUGCGUUGUACGGCAUUAUUUAUUUUAUGUUGGUUGUUGAGAGCACUCGCGAUUGCAUGCGUGGAAAAGAAUUAGUUUAAGAAAUUCAAGAAAGAUGUGUAGAAUAAUUUCUCGUCCCACCUUCACCUCGUAAUACGGAACUGUUUAUUUUUUUUUUUCGUUUGUGAUUUUAUUCAUCACUAUUGUUGUCUCAGUUCCGUUUGUAUAAAAUAUUGUUUUACAACACAACAUCAGAAGUAUCAAGUGUAGAAGUAGGAGUAUGAUUCGGGAGAGCACGGCGGCUGUAAACGUAGUAAAUUUUGAAUUUAACCAAAAAUAUACAUUCGGGUAAAAUAUGAA